AUGAAUCAAGCAAUGGUUGCUUCACCUAGAUUGAGGGCAAAUUUUCAAUCUACUCAUUGGGGAUCAAAUCCUAAUUUCCAUUUCUACACUUGUCAAGUGGCACAACAAUCAACAAAAAUAAUAACGCAAGCAAUAAUGGAUCCUUCUUCCAGCAGCACUUCUUCACGUCCUUUGGCAAAUUUUCCAUCAACCGUUUGGGGAUACCAUUUUCUCUCCUACACUUCUAAACAAACUGAAAUUAGUAGCCAAGAACAACUUGAACUUGAUGAGUUGAAAGAGAUCAUCAGGAAAAUGUUGGUGGAAACUCCCGACAAUAGUACACAAAAACUAGUCUUGAUAGAUACAAUCCAGCGACUAGGAGCAGCAUAUCAUUUCCAUAAUGAGAUCGAAACAUCCAUUCAGAACAUCUUUGAUACGACGUCCCAACUAGAGAGUGAGAACAAUAAUAUUGAUGACAACCUUUACGUCGUUGCUCUUCGUUUCCGACUUGUGAGACAACAAGGCCAUUACAUAUCUUCAGAUGUGUUCAAGCAAUUCACUAACCAUGAUGGAAGAUUCAAAGAAAUGCUUACUAAUGAUGUCCAAGGAUUAUUAAGUUUGUAUGAAGCAGCACAUCUAAGAGUGCACGAGGAGGAGAUUCUUGAAGAAGCCCUUAACUUUACUACCACUCGUCUCGAGUUCAUGGUCCCCAGCUUGACCAACUCGCUAAAAGUUCAAGUUACUGAAGCCUUAAGCUACCCUAUUCACAAAGCUACACCAAGGGUGGGAGCAAGGAAAUACAUAUCCAUUUACGAAGGCAUUGAUGCACACAACGAUUUGCUUUUGAGAUUUGCAAAAUUGGAUUUUAAUGCGUUGCAAAAGCUGCACCAGAGAGAGCUUAGAGAGCUUACAAGGUGGUGGAAAAUUUUGGAUUUUGCAAAUAAAUAUCCAUAUGCAAGAGACAGAUUGGUCGAGUGUUACUUUUGGAUAUUAGGAUUGUAUUUUGAGCCUCAGUAUAGUCGUGCGAGAAAAAUGCUAGUAAAAGUACUCAAGAUCGACACCAUCCUUGAUGAUACUUUUGAUGCUUACGCAACCGUUGACGAACUUGUGCCUUUGACCGAUGCAAUCCAGAGAUGGGACAUUAGUGCGAUCGAUUCAUUACCACCAUAUAUGAGACCUGUUUAUCAAGCCCUUCUAGACGUUUACGGUGAAAUGGAAGAAUUAUUGGCCAAGGAAUGUAAAUCGGACCGCGUAUAUUAUGCAAAAUAUGAGAUGAAGAAGUUGGUGAGAGCCUUUCUUAAGGAAGCCCAAUGGUCGGAUGCUGGCUAUACUCCAAAUUGUGAGGAGUAUAUGGAGAAUGCACUUGUAUCUUGUGGCUAUAUGAUGACAGCAACAACUUCUUUGUUUGGUAUGGAGGAAUUUAUAUCCCGAGAAACUUUUGAAUGGAUGAUAAAUGAGCCAUUGAUAGUUCGAGCUUCCUCAGUAAUUAAUAGGAUAACGUGUGAUAUGACUGGACAUGAAGUUGAACAACAAAGAGCACAUGUAGCUUCAAUUAUUGAAUGCUACAUGAAAGAAUAUGGAGCUUCAAAGGAAGAGGCGUACAUUGAGUUUCAUAAGGAAAUCACGAAUGCAUGGAAAGAUAUGAACAAGGCAUUACUCCGUCCAACUGAAGUACCAAUGUUUGUCCUCGAACGAGUUUUAAAUUGUGCGCGUGUGAUGGAUACUCUGUACAAAGAGGGAGAUGGAUACACAAACUCCAAAGGCAAUGUUAAGAACAUGAUUAACUUGUUGCUGAUUGAAUCUGUCAAAAUAUGA